AUGAAUGAAGCUGGUAUUGAGGGAAUAAAUUUAUAUGGAGUUGAAUUUGAUAAAAGCGAUCUGCGAUUAUUAUUUGACUCAUUUGACAGGGAUAGAAAUAAUCAGAUAGGUUUUCUAGAGCUUAUUGCGAAACUCAGACCUCCUAUGUCAAAACUUAGAAUCGAUGUCAUAAACCAAGCAUUCGAUUUAUUAGAUGCAAACAAAAAUGGUGUUUUAAAAAUGGAAGAUUUGAAAAUCGUCUAUUCUACAAACGCAAGAAGACAUCCAAAGUUUGUAUCCGGUGAAUGGACUGAAGAACAGGUGCUCCAGAACUUCUUGGACAGUAUUGAUACACCUGGAAAUCCAGAUGGUAAAGUAACAACCGAGGAAUUCAUGAACUAUUAUGCUGAGGUCAGUUCAACAGUGGAUGAUGACAGCUAUUUCGAUCUUAUGAUGCGGGCGUGUUAUGGUUUGCCAAACAGAGGAUCGUGAAAUUAAUGAAGACACAUAGAUGUUUAACAUUUGUGUUGUUUUCUCCGAGA